AUUUCUCGAACAGAAUAGUUUUCAUGUUUUUCACGCGCCAAAUCGCCCCAACUACUAAGCUGAGAGACUCGUUCUCUUGCGCCCACGCCUUCCCUUUCUUCUCCCCCUCCGUUCCCGGCGAGCCCUCCUUCCCCGUUGCGCGACGCAACCCCGGCGAUCGACGGACGAGCGCCGCCGCCACCAUCACGCUGCGUUGAUCGGCAACCUGUGAUUGGGCUGCCCGCGUGAACAAUGGAGGUGGCGCCGGCGGCGGCCAUGACGAGGGCGGAGGAGGAGAGUCGCCGUCGCGCGGCGACGCGCCUCCCCAGGCUGCUCCGCGGCGUCGUCUCCGGCAUGCUCACCGGUAUAUUCGCCGUCGCUGGGGGCUUGACGGGGGCGGUCACCGGAGCAUUGGCCGGGAGAGCCUCCGACGGCGGCGUUCUCCGGGGAGCUGGGCUAGGGACAUUUGCUGGUGCUGUCCUCUCCAUUGAGAUCCUUGAGGCCUCUCGCGCGUAUUGGUGCCAAGAUCGAUCAAGCUCGCCUGGUUCAUUGUCCAUGGGUGAUUUUGUAAAGCAGCUUAUUCAUGCUCGUUUUGUGCAAGAGCAGAAUGAGGCAUCAGGACAUAUCACAUAUCGUUGGCAGGUUGGUAUUGCAGACGUUGUCAAUGGUGCUGUACAUGAAAUCCUAGGAGAUGUUCCAUCCGGAGAAGGGCUUUCAAAAUAUUCUUUAAUGAAAUUGCCAUACCAUGUCGUGAUAGAUCAUAAUAAUGGCUCAAUUGGGGAAAGUUUGUCUUGCCCUGUUUGCCUGCAGGAUGUUGUGGCUGGACAGACGGUGAGGAGAUUGCCGAAAUGCUCUCACACUUUCCAUCAGCCUUGCGUGGACAAAUGGCUCGUUGGCCAUGGCUCGUGCCCUGUAUGUAGGCAACAUGUGUAGAUCAUAGAUGACGUUUGGCUCUCCUAGAACCAAAUUGACAUGCUUUUGUGGCAAAUAUGUGUUAUAAUCAUGCACAGAAAGUUUCUACCCAACUGUAAAUCAGUCCUACAUACGUGCGUCUCUCUCAAAAAAAAAAAAAGUUCUCUGCAUCGGAUGCGCUCUGGGUUAAACAUUUCAUUUUCCCACUUGGUUGAGAACAUGAGAUGUAACAAAAUAGAAGUGUUCGUUUUUCUGUUAUGUUAUAUCUGGAAAAA